CAUCAGGGUUUAGAGGCGACAAUGUUACCAGGCGGUCCGAUCCAUUGAACAUGUGCAAGCAACCAGCAUACAAUACUUGUAAUACUAACAAGUCUGAUUACGUCGUGUGUAACACGCCAAAAUUGCCAACUGAACCAAUUGUAUGUAAAAAGGUCACGUUCGCUAACCCUGAUAAUAAGUUUUGCUAUGGUGAUAAAAUGUGCAAUACCUUAGCAAACGUUUAUAAUACUAAUUUACUGGAGCAUAAGUUUACUAUGGACAAACAGCCAUCGUUUAACAAUAAUGCUUACGCAUUGGCCAAUAACAGCGUGUGGAAACAAACUACGGCUAAUCCCUGUUAUUCUGACAUAUAUGGCAAAAAUUUGAACAUGAACACACAUUCAACUGUUACGUACCGUACCCAAAAUGUUUUAAAUGUUGCUACCAAAUCACCGGUGACCAACUUCAAUAUCAACCAAGAUAGCUACAAAGCCAACCAAGCUACGAUCAAAUUGAUCAAGAAAGCAGAGGGAUGCAAGUAUCAAAUCUAUGAUGACUUAACUGGUAACGUAAUAAAACCAGGAGAUAAAUUUAAGGGUAAACCUACUGUAUGUGUCGGACAUAUGCUAGAUAAGGACUACGAGGGUAUUAAGCUAUUAGAGGUCGUUAGCCCUGAGCGUUGUGAACAAAUGUUGCGAAAGGAUCUGGUUCGGUUUGAGGAAUGUGUUUCUCGUCUAGUGCCACCCGGUACCAACAGUAAUCAAAAGGGUGCCCUGGUAUCAUUUACAUUCAACUUGGGCUGCAAUACUCUUAAGGGAUCUGACCUAUUAAAGCUCAUGUGGGCAGGGGACUUUGCUGGCGCCGCUAAAAAGUUCGACAAAUAUGUAUACGCGGGUCCUCCCGAUAACAAACAAAUAAUGGCCGGUCUCGUCACCAGACGGCGGCUCGAGAGGGAGCUAUUUGAGACCCCAUCAAAUGAUUAAUGCAUGAGUACAUGCACUUUGGGGGUAAAAUACUAAUACACACUACCUGAUAUAACUAUGAUAUUGUUAAUAUAAUAUUAACAUUUGAUAAUUAUU